AUGUUGAAACGCGUUCAGAAACCAGUUCUCGUGAUCUGCAGCACGGAGUUUGCAUUCCGCGUACCUGUGCGUUGCAGAAAACUUGUUUUAGAACAGGAAUUUAGUGAAACAAAACAAAAAAUAUCUACUUCGAGGAAACCUGAGCCAGACCACGAGAUGCGCAGACCACAGCGCAAACCGAUACGUCUACAUACGAAAACAGUUUCGACGAGGCUCCAUUACACCUCAAAAACAAAACAAAAUUGGGCGCGAAAUUCAAAAAUGGAACAAUAA